AUGUCGGAGUCCAGUUCACUGCUCCAGCCAGAGCCGGAGUCCCGGCGUUCCCUGCGAGACCGAAUCGUCGAUGCCUUCCGCCAGACCGGCAGCUCAACCCCGCCGCCAGAGGAAUCUGUUGGGGAUGGAACACGGAGCAGUCAUAGAAGGACGCCACCAGUGGGCAAUUCCAGGGAACCGGACGCAAGAACACGCCUGUUGGACUCGUAUUACCGACAAGAAGACCCCGUCUGUGGCUCCAAGCGGUGCAGCCAUGGCACUUUCUCUCCACGGAUCGAAGACGGAGAACGGCAAUCAUGGCCUGGAUCCUCAGGCCUCCGAUUCGAGCACGGAAUAGGCGACGGCGGCGAGGGUUCCGGGCCAGACGACCGGCCGGACUCGGAGAAUCUGUCGCAAAUGAAAUCUUCUCUCUCGGCGCUCUCCAUGAAUGACCAGAAGAAAUUGUACUUCUCAUACUACAUUCCUUUCUUCACCUGGAUUGGGCAAUAUCGCUGGUCGUUUAUUCGUGGAGACUUCAUCGCGGCACUGACGAUCGCGUCUAUAUAUAUCCCCAUGGCGCUGUCGUUGGCGUCUAACCUUGCACAUGCACCACCCAUCAACGGCCUUUAUUCUUUCGUGAUUAAUCCUCUGGUCUACGCGCUACUCGGAAGCUGUCCGCUCUUGGUUGUCGGUCCAGAAGCUGCCGGCUCUUUGUUGACAGGAGCAAUUGUCAAGGCGAGCAUCUCGCAGGGGCACUCGGGCGAGGACGAUAGUAUGGCUAGCGCCAUGGUCGUAGGCGUAGCCACUUCCAUGGCGGGUGCCAUGAUUCUCGUUGCGGGCCUGACUCGCCUGGGCUUUUUGGACAAUGUUCUCAGCCGACCGUUCCUGAGAGGCUUCAUUACCGCUAUUGGCUUUGUGAUCUUCGUGGAUCAGCUCAUCCCGGAACUGGGACUGGCAGACCCGGCCCAAGAGUCGGGUGCUAGCCACGGUACCACAGCACAGAAACUGGUAUUUAUUGUCCAGAACAUCAGAGACUCGCAUGCGCUCACUGCUGCGGUGUCUGUUGUUAGUUUCGUCGUCAUUAUGAUCUUCCGAACACUGAAGAAGUGGCUGAUGCCACGCUAUCCACAAGUGAUUUACUUCCCUGACCGCUUCCUAGUCGUGGUCCUCUCUGCCAUUCUCGCUUGGAAACUCGACUGGGAGGAUAAAGGCCUCGAGCUGCUGGGCCAUACCGAGAUCAGCUCCAGUCGCCUAUUUGUCUUCCAAUGGCCGUUCCAAUUUGCGCAUAUGAAGCACGUUCGCACCGCCAUGAGCAAGGCGUUCAUCAUUGCCCUUCUUGGCUUCUUCGAGUCGUCGAUUGCCGCGAAAGGUCUGGGUGACGGCUGUCCUGACGGCAUCAAGGGUAUGAACAUCAGUGCCAAUCGGGAAAUGGUCGCUCUAGGCGUUGCAAAUGUGGUCGGCGGUUGUUUCAUGGCUCUCCCUGCGUUUGGCGGGUACGGACGAAGCAGAGUCAAUCAGCAGACCGGCGCGCGCUCGCCCAUGAGCAAUGUCUUUCUGAGUGCUAUCACACUAGUCUGUAUCUUCGUGCUUCUGCCGUAUCUCUACUACCUUCCCAAACCGGUCCUCUGCUCCAUGAUCUCCGUUGUGGCUUUCACCCUUGUGGAAGAAUGCCCCUCGGACAUUAAAUUCUUCUUCCGUCUCCGCGGCUGGACCGAACUAAGUCUCAUGCUGCUCAUCUUCCUAACCACAAUCUUCUACUCCCUCGAACUAGGCAUGGCCUUCGGCAUCGGGCUAUCAGUCAUAAUCCUCAUCCGGCACUCGACCAAACCACGUAUCCAGAUUCUAGGCAAAGUACCCGGCACAGCGCGCUUCGAAAACGCAGAACUCCGCCCGGAGAACAUCGAAUUAGUCGAAGGCGCCUUGGUCGUCAAAAUCCCCGAACCCCUCACCUUCGCCAACACCGGCGAUCUGAAAAACCGUCUCCGCCGAUUGGAACUAUACGGCUCGAGCCGCGCACACCCGUCUCUGCCGCGCAUGCGCCCUGCGGAAAAUAACAGGAACAUUGUCUUCGACGUACACGGCGUGACGAGCAUCGAUGGCUCGGGCACGCAGGUGCUCUGGGAAAUUGUACGCACGUACACCGAGAACGGGACGAAAGUAUACUUCUGUCGCUUGCCGAAUGCAGAGGUGUUUUCGAUGUUUGAGCGCAGUGGCAUUGUGGAGCAGUGUGGUGGGCUCCUGCACUUUGUGCCGAGUGUGGAUGAGGCGCUUCGAUUGGCGGAGACGGAGGAGCACAUUCACGAGAUUUAG